AUGAGUGACGAUUCCGACGUCGGUGACCUCCUGGACGACUUGUUGGCGAAUGAUGAAGAAGAGGCGCCGAAGAAAAUCAAAGAAUUUAAUUUUCUGGAGACUCCGGGCCCCGAAGCAGCAUCGCAGUCAGACACUAAAGACAAAGACACCAACGAUUCCUCAGACGACGAGGACUCCAAGUACUUCCACGAGCAGCGUUACUCCGAGUCAGGAAGAAGCAUAAAAGAGCUUUUAACCAAGCAGCAGGAUGACAAGGAUCAUUUAAGAACUUCUAAUUUCAGUGACAUUAAGCAGAAAGUUGACAACAAUACAUUUAGUAGAAGUCCAAGAGUCGGCUUAGCUUCGAAGCCCGUGGAAAAAAAGGACGGACCUAUACAAGAGUGGCUGAAAAAGCCCUCGGACAUCUACACAGAUCCAGUGUUCGGACUGAGAAUCGUAAAGCCUUUGAUUUCCUCCCAAGAACUGUCCGAGCGCAUGAAGAACCGCUCAGCUGUGACAGUAUCCAAGGUAAAGAAUUUCAUAGCAACCCAGGACCUGAGCAACGACUGGGUGAUCGCUGGGGUCUUAAUUCAGAAGUCCGCGACCAGAAAAUCUCAGAAUGGGAACGCGUACUGCAUCUGGACCAUCAGCGACCUUUCAGAAGCUGUGAGCAGAGUCACUGUUUUUCUGUUCAAAGACGCGUACAAGACUUUUUGGAAAAUCUCCGACGGAGUGGUCGUCGGGAUUUUGAACCCCUCGGUCCUGGAGACCAGGAAUGACAAGGACGAAGCGACCUUGUCGGUGGACAACUCUCAGAAGAUCAUGGUCCUGGGGAACUCCAAGGACCUGGGUCGCUGCAAGUCUGUUAAAAAGAGCGGAGAGCCUUGUAAUGCCAUUGUUAAUGUUAGCAAAUGCGAGUACUGCGUGUACCAUGUUAAGACUGAGUAUAAUAAAGCUUCCAGGAGGCAAGACCUCCAGACUGAUCACAUGAACAGAAAGUUUGGAAACUUUGGGACCAAGAACCCGGGUGGUAAUAAGAACAAAGGACCUGGGAUCUAUUCUCAGGCUAGUCAUCAUACUAAUAUGCUCGUCAUUCCUGCGAAGAGGAACUUGAAGAUGGAGCAGAAGGAUUCUGAGAGACUUGCUCUGCUGACUGGGAAGAAUUCUCAGAGUUCUUCUGGGGAGAAUUCUAAGGAAGGAAUUGGAGGGAGUUUUGUUGAUGAAAAGGCUGCCACACAAGCUGUGCCCCUGAAGAACACGGACCGGUUGCAGAAAAUAAGAGACUGGAACCCGAAAACCUCGAAUUUAAUCAACGGGGUGUUGUCUCCCUUGAGACCGACCUCCAUUGCUGAGAAAGUAGAGCCGCAAAAGUGUACUUUGAAGCCGAUUCCGAGGCUAGGGUCUGGGUUGAAGGGAACCACCAUUGAUUUUUCGGAACCGAUUACUAAGAGACACAUCAACAGUGCGAAGAAGAACGCGCUGGACUGGGUGAAGAACAACGGAGGGUUUAAGCAGUCCAAUCCGAAUAAAAUUAAGGAGAGCAGGGAGAAGAUUCAAAAGGUGGGAAGUAAAAGGAACAGAGAAGAGGAUGCUGAUAAGGAUAAGGAGCAGGAACCAGAAGCUAAAAAAGCUGCGAGGGAAAAGUUUAAGGAGAUGAUGGAGAAGGGCUCGGCUCAUGAGGAUCUAGUGGAGAGCUCCAAGGGCCAGGAGCAAGAGAAGUAUUUUAAUAAACUGGAGGCCAAGGAGAGGAUGGAGGAGAAGAUGAUGAAUACGACCAAGGUUGACUGCAAAGCGGUCAGGUGCUUGACUUGCAAGUACACGGCUUUUUCCGCGUCGGAUAACUGCAAGAGUCAAAGACAUCCGCUGAGAGUUAUUGAUGCGGUUAAGAGUUUCUUCAAGUGUGGGGAUUGCGGGAAUAGGACUGUUAGUUUGAAUAGGAUUCCUUCGAUUAGUUGCAAGAAGUGCAGCGGGUCCAAUUGGCUGAGGACUGGGAUGAUGAGUGAGAAGAAGGUUCAGUUGCAGAGGGAGAAACUGUCGAUUAGGGGAGGAGAGCAGAAGUUCAUUGGAGGUGAUAUUACUGAUAUAAAUCUUAGUCUUGUUGUUCCUGAUGGUGAUGAUUGA